AUGGCUUCACACACAAUUACCUUCUACGACAUACCAACCAAGCUUCCUACGAAUCCGGGAAGUCUGAAUACAUGGCGAGCGAGGUACGCCCUAAAUAUGAAAAAGCUCCCCUACCAAACCGUCUAUGUCGAACUCCCCGAUAUCGAACCUCUCGCCAAACAGAUUGGUGCUGCUCCUACUGGCACUAAACACGAUGGAGUCACGCCCUUGUAUACGGUCCCCAUCAUCCAAGACCACACCACAGGCGUCGUCGUAUCAGAAUCUGCCGCUAUCGCGGCGUAUCUAGACAAAACGUACCCGUCUGGACCUACACUUGUCCCUGCCGGCACAAUGCCACUCCAGCUCGCGUUCCGCGACGCGGUAGACGAUGUUUUUGGCGGUUUUCGUGGGUUCAUGAUCGAACGCAUACUGCCAAAUUUGAACGAUAGGACAGUCGUGCAUUGGAAGUCCCGGUUGCGAGAGCAGGGAGUGAACUCUGAUGCGCUGUUUGAUGGGGACAAGGAAAAGCUGUGGGAGAAGGCUCUGGCGGGUCUUGCGAAGUUUGACAAGUGGUUUGAAGGGAAUGAGGGACCGUUUGUUAUGGGAAGCGAGCCGUGUUUUGCAGAUGCUGCUCUUGGCGCAUUUUUGAGGGCUAGUCGGUAUGCUUAUGGGGAGGACAGUAAGCAGUGGAAGGACAUUGCUAGUUGGAACGGAGGGAAGUGGGCGAAGUACCUGGAGAGCCUCGCGCCGUACGAAGCGAUUCUCUGA